AUGCAACACGACUCCACCAGCACAAGUUAAUUAUUCGUCUAUACCCUUGCCAGCUAGUCAACAUCCCAUGUCAUCACCGUCGGCUUCUUCGUUCGUCCUCCCAGAUCUUGUCAGUCAUUGCAUCUAUCCUCGUAAUCUCAAUCCGAACUGGUUUCCCGUCUCUCGUGGCUCAGAGCAAUUCCUUCUCUCGGAAGCCAACUUUUCCCCUGAGAAACAUGCCCAGUUCAUGGGCCUACAUGCGGGCGAACUCACCUCAGCCUGUUACCCGUUCUGUGACGCAUUCCACCUUCAAGUAGCAGCAGAUUUCAUGGGCUAUCUGUUCACUCUAGACGAUUGGUCAGAUGGUUUCGAUAGAAACGAUACGCAUGGGCUUGCCAACUGUGUCAUGGAUGCAUUACGAGAUCCACACGGCUUCCAGACCGAUAAGGCUGCUGGCAUUUUGGCGAAAGAUUUCUUUAGCCGCUAUGUCAGCAGAGCAGGGCUUGGUUGCACGCACCGCUUUAUCCAUUACAUGGAUCUUUUCUUUAUAGCUGUUUUGCAGCAAGCAACCGAUCGUCAAAACGAUGUCGUACCCGAACUUGAAUCCUACAUUCCUAUCCGUAGGGACACUAGCGGAUGCAAGCCUUGCUUCGCGUUGAUCGAAUUCGCGGCAGACAUUGACCUUCCGGAUGAAGUCAUUCAAAAUCCUACGAUCACUGCGCUCGAGGAUGCUUGCAAUGACCUUGUCACGUGGUCUAAUGAUAUAUUCUCUUAUAACGUCGAACAGUCUCGUGGUGACACGCAUAACAUGAUUACUGUAGUCAUGCGCGAACGAGGACUCGACCUACAAGGCGCAAUCAACUUCGUUGGCGAACUCUGUAGAGACUCCAUCGAUCGUUUCGAACAUGAUCGCGACACACUUCCUUCGUGGGGUCCUGAGAUCGAUCGCGAUGUCCAGACGUACAUCCAAGGCUUGCAAGACUGGAUUGUGGGGUCGCUCCACUGGAGCUUCGACACGACACGGUACUUUGGCGACGAUGGUGCGACGAUCAAGAUGCAUCGUCAGAUCAAACUUUUGCCUCUCAUACAUACAAACUAACAUGGACAUAUCUGGUUUGGAUAUCUAAGUGUACACUAACGUGUUAAUCAGUAGUACUUGUUGUACAGUCUAUCCACAUAUGUAACCAACUAGAUAUAGUAGACUAUUUUCUGACGACCGCGUCCUGCGAUCUUUGUAACAUUCAAAACUAGUAAGCUCGUUGUAGAUUGCCCUUAGAGUUGUACCAACCUUUGCUUCACGUCUUCUCAAUUUGGUUCAUGGGCUUUUUAGAUUCUAGUAUUAGAUAGCCUGUUAUAUAAUGCUACAUUCGGUAUCGCAGAGUUUGACCGAUGCUGUGACAC